CACCUCCUGAAGUUGGCGAAGUGCCUUGAACUUGUCCAAAGGCCAGGAUGAGGCGUUAUACAAGCAAACGGUUAUUAUUGACUGUGUUCACAUCAGUAUAGAUCUGUCGUGACUGUGUUUGCAAGCAAUAUAGCUUUAUAAUGACUGCGUUCACGUGCGGUAUUAGGUCCACGGAAGCUGACGACUCCGAUAUCAUCGCAGGCAAGUCUGCAAGUCCAAAACAAAUUCCCCCAUAUUCCAAGGGAGAUAAUCAGGCUCUGGUGAGCUAUCGUGAAGUAGUGUGAGCAAGUUUGAGCACUCCACAGUUCAGAGAGGCGGAGAGAAAGAGGAGGGCGAGAAAGCGCUUGCUGGCGUCAAUCUGCGGCGUGGACGGCAAGCGACGACAGCUGCUGUAACAAUCUGUACCACCGCCUGUCGAUGCAUCACUCUACGUGGGCUCCUGAUGCGAUUACUUCACUUGUGGACUGUUGCACGUCCUGCUGUAUUCUAGAUACUACUUUAUGCAGUCUGCUUGAUGAAAAGAAGACUGAAAGACAACCAUAGUGAUAAAUAAUCAGCAAAAUUGCCUCAGAAAAAAUAGUCUUAUAGGCUGAUAAGAAACCUAACACUGAGUUAGAAAUAGACCUCAUUACAGGAACUUUCCCUGAGUGGGCGCACUUACAAACAACUUCGGUACAGAAACUUCAUAUCUUUGGAUUUGCUGGCUACAAUCUUGUCGCCGUCAUCCGCACAUCGUAACUGCGCUCACUUAUGUCACAGAGAGACGAGCAACAAACUCACUGCCAGAGGGCUGGACGUUCUGAUAAGCCCCGGGUACUCCGGCAAAGUACGCACCCAUCUCCUUCUUUCUACCAAAAAGUCUGCAACUAGACAUUGGCGCCAUAGCCAUUCUCACUGCUGCCAUGACAACCACACACCGCUGCUCCGAAGGCAGGACUCACGACAACCACAGCAGCACCAGCGAAGAGGGAGGGCUCGGUGUCGUCCCCCUGCCAGAGACAGAACCUCCGGGUGUGAUGCAGGCCCCAUCCUGUCGACCUUGUCCUUGCUCUUGACCUUAUGGGCCUCGCUGUCGACAGCCAUGAUGGUAAUGGCCGAGAAGGAACUGAAUGGACACCUACACAACGCGACAGUCUGGCAGACACCCGAGUACGUCACGAACUUGUGGCGGCAGCAGCAGCAGCAGGAAGCGGGGUCAGAGGUGGAGAGAGACGAAGCCAAGUUCUUUUCCAAGGAGCAGGAGCUGAUGCACGUGCUGGUGGGGGAGUACGAAAACUCCGUGCGGCCAGUCUUCAACGCCAGCUCUGCUGUUGAUGUCAUGCUGGGUCUGACACUGACACAGAUCCUGGACCUGGACGAGAAGAACCAAGUGUUAACGACCAACGUGUGGUUAGAGGCAGAAUGGUACGAUGAACGACUGCGCUGGAAUUCAAGUCAGUAUGAGAGAAUCACGUCCAUACGCAUCCCCAGUGACAAGAUCUGGCUACCAGACAUUGUGCUGUACAACAGUGUCGAUGACUACACAUCCGGGUACAUGCCGACCUUGGCCAUGGUGUAUAACGACAGCCGAGUGUUCUGGGGACCAGUGAUCCGCUUCCGAUCCUCGUGUAAAAUCGAUAUCACCUACUUCCCCUUCGACGAUCAAAUCUGCAACCUGAAACUGGGCUCAUGGGCUUACAACGGCUUCCAGGUAGACGUGUGGAACAGGUCAAACACAAUGGACCUCUCCAACUUUGUUGACAACGGCGAGUGGGAGUUGCUGGGGGUGAAAGUCAAACGCAAUGUCGUCUAUUACAACUGCUGCGAUGAGCCAUUCCCGGAUGUGACGUUUUACGUGCAUUUGCGCAGGCGCAUUAAGUAUUAUUUCAUGAACAUCAUCAUCCCGUGCAUCAUCCUAAGCUUCCUGUGUCUGGCGGGCUUUUUGCUUCCCCCUGAGAGUGGCGAGAAGAUCACACUGGAGCUCAGCGUGCUGCUGACCAUCACGGUCUUCAUGCUCAUGGUGGCCGACAAGAUGCCGCAGACCUCGGAGUCAAUCUCUGUCAUCAGUAUUUACCUAAUGGUGGUGCUAGCCACAAGCUGUCUGUCUGUGUUAUCUUCCGUGCUUGUACUUGGCAUUCAUCAUCAACGUGGCAAGCCCCAAAGUGUUCCAAAGUGGUUGCGCUUUCUCGUCUUUCACCUCAUUGCCCGCAUCGUCUGUAUCGGGACAUACACUCAACACCACACUUCCACUACCAGAGGCCACGGACACCGCUCCAUGUCAAGAUCGACCAGUUCUCGAGAAAGGAAACUCCCGAGAUCGCCUCGAAGAGGUCGCGUGGCCACAGAAGAAAACGAGAUUUACAGAAUGGACUACCGAACCAAAUUUAGCGACGCUGCAGCCUCAGCCGCAGACUCACUGCUGGAGUCCUCAAUAGGGGGCGCUAACUCCGGUCACCCGCACGGCGAGGAAGGCGCAUCGCACGCAAACUGCCUGCAGUGCACGGUGCAGAGCAACGAGACGGAGGUGGUGCGACAACUGAUUGAUGUCAUUCAGAACAAGCACAGCCAGGAGGUCAAGGACGAGGAGGUCUUCCGCGAGUGGCACGAUGUGGCGUAUGUUCUUGACCGCCUUCUUUUCUAUGUCUUCCUUUUCAUCACUGUUGUUUCGGCCAUCUGCAUUCUGGAGAUGAGGCCCCCUGAUAUCCACUUCUAAUGCUGGAGGUCCCCCUUAACAACAAGAUGAUGAGGAUGUUGAUGCCCCAUCAGUACCAUGAGCAGUGUCGUGUAUUAGUAACGAGUAACUUUGAUGUAAGUGAGUGUGAGUUGUUGUUUCAUUUUCAUUAUCACAUAUUUAAGCAGCGAGGGCUGUGACAUUCCUUUUCAUAUUUAAAAUUAAUUAAAAGUAAUUACAAAAAUAGACAGGGCCUGCAAGAGACAGAUACAGUUUGUCGUUGCUCAGAAACGAAAGACGAUUGCGUGAGUGCUGGGCUCGCAUGUGACAACAAUACCAACCUCUGCUAGUUGCCAUCAUAUUUCUGUUAGUGCGACCAAAAAAAUGUGCACAUGAGAUGUAAAGUGAUAGAGACUGAUCUUUGUGUAACAGACUUAUGUAUGUAAGUACCGCUUAUUUUCUUAUUUCUACUAUUAUCAAGUGUCA